CAUGCCGGUAAAUUAAUGUUACUUAAUACAUAUAAGAUAAAAGGUGACGGCCGAAUUUACGAGACUUUAGCGCAUCAUUACCACGCAGAGUUGUCUGAGAUACCACGAGGUUGUGUAGGUAAAACUUCUGUUGCACUCAGAUAUGUUGAAGACAAGUUUAAUGACAAACAUUUGACAACUGUACAGGCCUCAUUCCUUAAUAAAAAAUUAAACAUUAAUAGCAAAAGAGUGAAUCUUGCAAUAUGGGAUACUGCGGGGCAAGAAAAAUUUCAUGCUUUAGGACCAAUUUACUAUAGAAUGUCAAAUGGAGCCAUUUUAGUAUAUGAUAUUACUGAUGAGGAUACAUUUCAAAAAGUAAAAAGUUGGGUAAAAGAACUGAAAAAAAUGCUCGGAAGUGAUAUAUGUCUAGCUAUUGCUGGAAACAAAAUAGAUCUUGAAAAAGAUCGUAAUGUUUCUAUUGAAGAAGCUGAAGAAUACGCAAAACAAGUUGGCGCUGUACAUUUUCACACUUCAGCAAAACAAAAUAGAAAUAUUGAAGAAAUGUUUUUGGAUUUAACAAGGAGAAUGAUCGCUCAUGCUGAUGAGGUGGAACAAAAAAAAUCUAGUUUAAGUAGAGUUAAUAGUAGCAGAAGAAAUGUUGUUGUUGUUGAAGAUGAUGUAGAACAAACUCAGGCUACUAAAUCAUCUUGUUGCGGAAGUUCCUCACAUUCUUCAUAAUUAAUUAUUUUUUAUUGAUAAAAAAAAAUAUAAAUGUAUAUAUUAGUCACUUCUUUUAAUUGUAACUAUUACGUCAUUGAAUUCAUUUUUAACUCUAUUCUGAUAUGAAAAAUGAUUUAUCGAAUUUUAAUAUUUUAUUAUAAAAAAAAAAAAAAAUAAAUAAAUGAAUUAAUAAAUAUAAAUAUGUAAUCAAGUCAGUAUAAAGUUUUAUAAUUAAAGUUAAAAAAAAAAAACUUUUAAUUAUUUUACUUGAAAAGUAAUAAAUGCCAAUCAAAGAUUAUUCAUAUAUGUAAAUAAUUUGUAUGAACGAUACAAAUUUUAAAUUUACAAUAAAAAAUAAAUUAUAAAUUCUAAUUAAUGCAAAAUAUAUACGAUCUUACAGCAAAAUGUAUUAAGCGAAAUAUUAAACAAAAUA